CUUCUAGCACCCUUGGGUCCCCCAAGAUUAUUUUUCCGAUUAAUUUCAGCGUCCGCUAGUGUGUAUGACAGCAUUGGAGCAAUUGCAGUGUUGUGUUAUUGUGACAUUCCUUCGUUUCACUGAGCCGUGGCGUAGUAUUCACCGACGCUCACCUUUCACUUCUUCCCUCCCUCGCAAACAACAUGGAUCUCCAAUCUGCACUUCCUUGCUCCACGAUAUUUCACGAACUACAAACUGUCCAUGAUACUGGAUUUUUCUACUCGCUUCCUUCGCUCGAAGACGAUUGGGCUCAGGUAAGCUUCGUACGUGAGUUGUGUAAAAGAGAUUGUUUAGUUUGGCCAGCGUGCAUGUGGCCUUUUAAACGAGGGCUUUGGACGCUAAAACGAUAAUUUAGCGAUUUAGUGCACGAAUUCGUUUUUGCGUCGUAAAACUGCCAUGUUUACUUCAUUUCGUAUUACUUGGAAAUUUCAUUUUCGCGCUCGAAAGCUCUGCUACACAAUGUCGUGGGUUUUAUUCUUUCUUUACAGACAAGGCUUGAAAUGGAUCGUUAUCUCUGUCCAGAACCCUCAACUUUGGAAAGCAAAGAUUCAAACUUAGGCAAUCCCGUUCCGUGGAAUGAGUUUUUACUGCAACCUUUUGACGAGUCAAAUUUUCCAUUUGGCGAUGACUGGGAUAUCAAACCAAUAGAUUUCAGUGCUAUUGCUACAUUUCCAUCCGUGCCUACGGUUCUUCCAGAAACUCCAACGGAAACAAAGCCUUCUAUGGAGCUCCCCGUUAAACCUUUAAAGAUCAAAUUACCUAACCCGGCAGGCUGCGAGGAGAUUAGCAAAAUUCCUAAGCCAGUUUUACCACUAACACCACCGAGCUCGCCAGAAUCUCCAUUGCUACUGUUCAAUAAUUCUCAGCAGCGAGCGAGCAGACCUGUUUCGCGGUCGCCUCGCGCGAAAGGUGGAAAUAAUGGCGGCAGGGCAAACAGCCCGAAAGACAAAGACUCCGAAAGCAAACGGAGAGUACAUCGCUGUCAGUUUAGUGGAUGCCGUAAAGUUUAUACUAAGAGUUCGCAUCUGAAAGCUCACCAACGUACUCAUACGGGUGAAAAGCCUUACCGUUGUUCAUGGGAUGGUUGCAAUUGGCGCUUUGCUCGUUCAGACGAACUUACUCGGCAUUACAGAAAACACACGGGUGCUAAACCUUUUAAAUGUGUUCAUUGUGAUCGCUGCUUUUCACGAUCGGAUCAUCUAGCUCUACAUAUGAAAAGACACGCGUAGGUAGAAAAAUAAUUCUAGGCAUAUGAAUAUUGCAAUUUGGAAUUCAUCGGGGCUGCCUUUCAUUCAAACGAAUUUCAAUUGGCAUCAAUAAUUCACAAGCAAGACCUCAGGUGUCCGAAAUGUACUGCAACACGAGUACACGAAAUUCGACGAACAUGCGAUUUCUUCGCAUGGUCAGUUGCCAAGGGUUUGUAAUGGUUGGAGUCACGUUAUAUUUACGUGGAAGAAGGCAGUUUUGGAGGAAAUGUAGACGAAGCGACUUCGCUUAUUUAGGUGCCAAGAAGAAAAGAGUAUUAGCAUAAAGGGUUUAGCGGAAAUGAACGCCGCGAAGCAAGAUCUCCGAUGGGAAUAAUAUUCAAUCCAGGGACAGUGGCUUUAUUAAACUCCAAAUGAAAUUCAAAGCACGAUUUUCGCCACAAGAAACUUCACAAAAAACGAAAGAAAACAUAUGAAAAUGUACGCGAACUUACAUCCAAAUUAUCAAAAUAGCCUCGAGGUUAAAAUCAGAUGUAAACAUAUUUUAGAUUCGUUCAUGGUUUACCGUGCAGGCGUUAUAAAUUCAUGAUAGAACAACUAAAAAAAGAGAACAUAUCAUGCCUCCAUAAAUGGACAAAGUCUAUGAUGUAUAUACGAGCUUAUAUAAUUUUGGCAACAUUGUAUGUCCAAGACAAGAAAAUUAGUGUACAGAUAUUAAAAUUGAAAAGGAACAUUCUUGAUUUAGUCAAGUGUGUUUUCUUACUAAGGCUACGACCGAUUUUUUUAUUUAUUGUUACAACUUAAGCCAGAUGUUUUUUCCGUCUAAAAUCGUACGUCGGUAUUGUUUGCUGAAAGAAAAUCGCUUUUUCUGGCUGACGGGUUAGAUAAAGCGGUCUGGAUCCUUUGCGAUGGGGAUUGUGUUUAUUGAGUGACAUUCAUGGUUGGAAUAUUGGCUUCACAGAUCAGAAAAGGCAUUUCAAAGCACUAAUCUUCUUAUUCUCUUUAACAGUCUGUGUCGCCUUACAAUGGCUGCGAAUUUAAUUCACGGCCAGUACAUUUUAAUAACAGCAGCGCAUUAAAAUUGCUGAGCUUAAAGGGUUUCACACUUCUUUGACACAAGAAAGUGUUAUCGAAUUUACAUGUAUGUUUACUUUCCGUGAAACGGGGAAUCUGCCUUCUGACUCGAACGUAUUAAUAACAGUGGC